AGGUGGCGAUGAAAUCGAAGUGGAGCAUGUGGAUGUGGGCGAUGAUAUUCCUGCAGUUAAAUCGCCAAUCUCUGCGAGGAACACACUGCCUGAAGAAGACGAAGAAGCAGCGAAUACUGUAACGGAGCUCGAUUUCUUCUCCUUUCCCCCUUGAUUCCUCCGCCGUCCCCCACCAUUUCCCUUUUCGUUUCAUAUAAAUUCCUCUUCUCCCUGCCACCCGCUUCACAAUCUCUCUUCCUCCCCAUCCGCUCUGCUCUCUACACAUCGGAUAUGGCGACUGUUUUCCAGGGGCUUGCAGUUCGUACGCCUUUCUCCCCUCCCAACGCCUUAGAUUCCAACAAAUCCCUCCUUCACCCUCCCAGAUCCCUCUCCGUUUCUGGUAAGGCUGGGUUGUUCAUUGUUCGAUCUGAGGGAAGAACUAACCAUGUUCUCAGGCCUAGAUCUCGCUCUGACCAGUUCAUCACUACUGCAGUUGCGACCAAGGCUGAUAGUUCCUCUGCUUCCACAGCAUCGAAACCAGGGCAUGAACUCUUGCUUUUUGAAGCACUAAGAGAAGGUUUGGAGGAAGAAAUGGAUAGGGACCCAUGUGUUUGUGUCAUGGGUGAAGACGUCGGUCACUACGGUGGUUCCUACAAGGUAACCAAAGGUCUAGCUACCAAAUAUGGGGAUCUUAGAGUUCUCGAUACGCCUAUUGCCGAGAACUCCUUCACAGGUAUGGGUAUUGGAGCUGCCAUGACUGGGCUGAGGCCAAUUGUUGAGGGAAUGAACAUGGGAUUUCUUCUUCUUGCAUUCAACCAAAUUUCUAACAAUUGUGGAAUGCUUCACUACACAUCUGGCGGCCAGUUCAAGAUACCAAUAGUUAUUCGUGGCCCCGGUGGAGUUGGGCGUCAACUUGGUGCUGAGCACUCGCAACGUCUCGAAUCAUAUUUUCAGUCAAUCCCUGGAAUCCAGAUGGUUGCUUGUUCCACACCCUACAAUGCAAAGGGCUUGAUGAAAGCUGCAAUCAGGAGUGACAACCCAGUGAUCCUCUUUGAACAUGUUUUGCUUUACAACUUAAAAGAGCGAAUCCCAGAUGAAGAAUACAUUUGUUCUCUCGAGGAAGCCGAGAUGGUUAGACCUGGCGAGCACGUCACAAUAUUGACAUAUUCCCGGAUGAGGUAUCAUGUGAUGCAAGCUGCUAAAACUCUUGUAAACAAAGGUUACGAUCCUGAAGUAAUCGACAUCAGGUCGUUGAAGCCCUUCGAUCUUCACACGAUUGGGAACUCCGUGAAGAAAACUCAUCGAGUACUGAUCGUUGAGGAGUGCAUGAGAACCGGAGGAAUUGGCGCUAGUUUGACAGCAGCGAUCACUGAGAACUUCCACGAUUACUUGGAUGCGCCAAUUGUAUGCUUGUCUUCUCAGGAUGUGCCUACUCCUUAUGCAGGGACUUUGGAAGAUUGGACUGUGGUACAGCCUGCGCAGAUUGUCACUGCCGUUGAACAGCUUUGCCAAUAAUUUAGUUAAUUCAAUCAGAAGAGCUAUGGAAGUUAGCGUCGAAGUUGUGGUUCGUCUCAGUGAUAGAAGAGUUAUUUCUCUUUGCGUCGCAUCGAGUUAGCGUUAAUGAAGAUUUCACUUUCAGAUCUCUGAGCAAUUUUUCAUUAUUGAAAACUUAUGCAACUGUUUGAUUGUUUGUUUUGUUUGAACUCCUUCUUUCCCCCCAUGGUUCCAUUUUUCUUUAGUACUUGUUUUUGUAAUGUUCUUUCGCAGAUAGGCCCGAGUAAUAUGGUAUUGUUGAUCAGUUUAAUAGGAUCUAUGAUCCAUUUUUAGUAUCACGUAAUUGAAGGUUUAUUGACCGUGGCUGUCUCCUUUCAAACCCA